AUGGGCGAGAAAGAGAAGGGCAAAAGUGACAAGAAAAAAGAUGAUAAGAAGGCUGUUGCCAAAGGCCCGGCCAUCAGCCUGGACCCGCCAAGCGGCACACGGGACUUCUUCCCAGCCGACAUGAGGUUCCGCAACUGGCUUUUUGGAGCUUUCAAAGAGAUUGCUCGCCGAUAUGGGUUUCAAGAGUACGAUGCACCAGUGUUGGAAAACGAGGAGCUUUACAAGCGGAAGGCCGGAGAGGAGAUCACUGAACAAAUGUACAACUUUGUCGACAAAGACGGAGCGGCAGUGACACUUAGGCCUGAGAUGACACCCUCAUUAGCCCGAAUGGUUCUCAGCUUGAUGCGUGCCGAAACAGGUGAGAUGUCCGCACUGCUUCCACUGAAGUGGGCAUCUAUCCCGCAGUGCUGGCGGUUUGAGACCUGCCAGCGCGGUCGCAAGCGAGAGCAUUACCAGUGGAACAUGGACAUAGUGGGCAUCACUACCAUCCAUGCAGAGGUGGAGUUGCUGUCUGCAAUCACGUCAUUCUUCGAGUUUGUAGGCAUCUCGUCCAAGGAGGUGGGAAUCAAGGUGAACUCGCGAAAAGUGCUCGGAGCUGUGCUUAGGAAUGCUGGCGUGCCAGAUGAGCGGUUCACCGAGACCUGUGUUGUGAUCGACAAGCAGGACAAGAUUGGUGCUGAAGCGGUCGUGAAGGAACUGACCGAGAAGAUUGGCUUGGGACAGGACGUUGCGCAGCGGAUCGUCUCUGCUACCGCUGCCAAAACGCUGGACGAGUUUGCAGCCAUGGCUGGUGUUGGCGAGAGUCCAGAGGUGACAGAGCUGCGACAGCUGUUCACGCUGGCGGAGGAGGAAGGCUAUGGUGAUUGGCUGAUUUUUGACGCCUCUGUAGUUCGAGGUCUCGCCUACUACACCGGUGUGGUCUUCGAAGGCUUUGACCGGGCUGGCGUGUUGCGCGCGAUAUGCGGUGGUGGUCGGUACGACAGACUGUUGACACUCUACGGAUCUCCCAAGGAGGUUCCAUGCGUUGGCUUCGGGUUUGGCGACUGUGUCAUCUACGAGCUGCUAAAGGAGAAGAAGGUGCUUCCCGAGUUGCCCCACAAAGUGGACUUUGUGGUAGCAGCCUUCAAUCAAGACAUGAUGGGCAAGGUUCGGAAAGGAAGUGACCUGAACUUUGAGCUUCUGCCAUGCGCUCCUGCCAGACUGCCGCACAACGCGCCCUCCAGGCUUCUGCCUGGAGAUGCAGCCGAGAGCGGGGCGGCAAAACCAGCCACAAAGGACCUGCCGGAUGCUCUGCCGAAAACUGCUCCUGCGAUGGUCCGAUCCUUGCUGAAAGGCCUUGAGCCAGCCUGGCGAUGCGAGGCACAUCUUGCCCCGGAGCCUUUGGCAGCCUCUGCACAACGGGGUGCAGUGCUCGUUGCUGCUGAGGCUUGGGCAACAGAGUUGGCAGAGCUUCUACAGUCUGCUCCGGAAUGGACGGUGAGGCAGCACGGAGAAUGGGCUGUCAGCAGCAGCUUGGAGAGGCUUGCAGCAUUCCUACGCUGGUUGACAGGCAUAGUCUCCAGGACAUGCGCAGAGCUGCUCGAUGCUACACCAUCCACUUCAGCGCUGGAGGAGCAUGGGGCAUCGCUUCGCAGCAUUGCGCGGCUUGUGAGCCGGAUGUCAGGCUAUAUGCAAGGAGCUUUGGCAAGCAUGGACCCUGUGAGACCCGUCUCUGCGCGACUUGGAGCCGCGGCAGAAGGUCUACAACAGGCAGCAGAGGAGCUCACGGAGAAGGCCAGCCACCUUCUGCAUGCGGACAUAGACCAAUCGAAGGAUGAGGCUCUGAGCGCCUCAAGGCAGCAAAGAUUUCGUCAACAAGCCCCACCACGUAGCAACCUGAUGCGCCAAAGCAUGAGCCGAUCCAUCCUGGGCAUACUUGCCGGGCAUCCCGAUUGGCAGCUCCCAGAUGAGGCGCAGCGCGUGAUGACUCUACGAACGCACUUGAAGGAGCGCCGUGAGGGCGGAAGUGGCAAAGAAGACCGUGCAGCACGAAUUGCCGAGCAGAUGGAUGGCAGGCGGCCACGCACAACUGUCCUUGCCUUCGGUGCCGCAAGGGAGCGUGCCGAAAACCAGGCUGCUCGAGACUUCGCCCUCUUGGACGCGGACAACGACGGAGUUGUGUCAGCCGAAGAGUUUCGGGCAGCACGCGUUGGAGAGCUAAGGUGA